AUGAAUUGCCUUGUUUGGAAUUGCAGGGGUGCUGCUAAGAAAUCCUUUAAGCCAUCCCUUAGGAGUUCUUUCCUUCUAACUGUGGUUUAUGCUAAUCCUAGAGAGGAAGUUAGAGAGGAUCUGUGGAUAAAUAUCAAGAGAAUCAGUGAUAAUGUAGUCGGUCCUUGGGCUUUGAUGGGUGAUUUCAAUGAAAUAGCUUCGGAUCAGGUUCAGUCUGAGUUAGAUAGGGCCCUUCAGGGAGAAAUGAACCGGGUUAUGGAUCAAGAAGAAGCUCUUUGGUUCCAGAAAGCGAGGUGUAAUUGGUUAGCUGAUGGUGAUCGAAAUACUAGAUUUUACCAUACCACUACCAUCAUCAGGAGAGCUAGGAACAAAAUUCUUGAAUUGAAAAAUGAUGAGGGUCACCCUGUGAGAGAAGAGGAGAAUCUGAAAAAGCUUAUUAUCAAGUUUUUCAAAAACCUGUUUACAGAGGAGAUUCACAAUAGACCUUGGGUCAUUACUAGAGCCAGCUGGCCUGCUUUGGAAGAAACAAAAAUGAAGUUGUUUAAUGACCCUAUUUUGGAGGUUAUGAUAAAGGAAGCUUUUUUCUCCAUGAGUGGUCUGAACGCCCCUGGUCCAGAUGGAUUUCCUGCCUUUUUCUUUUAG